AUGACUUUCUCCUCCACCUUGCUGUAUAUCAACCUCGCGGCAUCUUUACUCCUCGCCGUUGGUGCAAUACCCUACGACAGAUCCAAGCUAGGUAUCUCUCAUACUACUCUGACGCUUGGCACUAGAGACCCCGCGGCUGCGGCGCAAGCAUUCCAGCGCAGCUCUUCAGAGGUACCAGCCGGGGAAAACUCCCUAGUAGAAAAAAGGAAGACUGCCGAACAAGAAUUCCCAAACAAAUGGUUUGGUCAACUCCGUUGUGUUGGAUACGGGAAGAACGAGGAAACCUUCAAGAGAACCGAUUUAACAACUCAAAUCGUAGACCGCAAACUCCUCUCCAAAUCCGGGAAAUUCAACCAAGGUGUCUUCACCCUACCUAAUCACCUGGAUCGUGUCGUGAAGCUAGUCAAACUUACUGGAAUCAGCCCGUGGCUUGAAAGUCCUUCAUGCGAAGUGGAAUCGCUCAAAGCGUACGGACAAAGCGUGACGAGUGGGUUCGCGAUGUUGCCACUGUCAGAAGGGGACGCACAGGUCGGGGUGAUCAUCAUGAAGAAAGUAGAUGGUACAACCUUCUUGAAUACUGAACAAUGGAAAAGCGUUGUGUUGACGAAAAAGCAAAAGCUGAAUGCCCUUGAUACGCUGAAGAGAGAACUUGAGGAGGUGGUUUAUAGUUCUAUACGUGAAGGAAAGCCUCUUUAUUCCGACUUCCAGGUAGAGAACGUCCUCAUCGAUGCGAAAAACAAACCACACCUCGUCGAUUUUGGCUUUCCGGGAGUUUGGCCGGUGAAGAAGGUCCCAACGAGAGAUGUUUUUAACGAAUGGUUCGAAAGACGGUGGUAUUUAUUAUGGGGGUGCUUGUAUACAAGAUUAGGGGGCAAUAUACCUAUUACUAGUUCGAAGCCGGUGGAGGGUGUAGUAAGAGGAGGAGGAACCAAGGUAUCUUUAGAUCACCAGUCAAACACAGGGAAGGUUGAAGCUCCAAAGAGCUGGAGCAAACUCUUAUUGGACAAACUCGGUAUCAAUGGGAUGUUCUUCUGCUAG